CAAGAGGAGGAGGAGGAGGAGGAAGAAAAAGAAGCAGCGCGUGGCACAGCCGGAGCGAGCGCGCCUUGAAAACACGCGCGUCCCGGAGAGAAAGGAGGGGGGGGGAGAGAGAGAGAGAGAGAGAGAGAGAGAGAAAGCGCGUGCACGUGGCUCCCCCGGGCCAAAGGAGUGCGAGGAGGAGGAAGUGGGAAGAGUGUGCGUGUGUGCGCACCCUCCUCGCCUGCCUGAGCGCCGCCUGGCUUGCAAUGCCUGGCUGAGCGAGCGAGCAGCCCUUUGGAGCGUUUGGAGCGGAGCCUGGGCUUCUCCCUCGGCUGAGGAGCGAGGAGAGCCGGCGGAAGGGGCCGGGGAAGGGGCGCGGGCACCUGCGGGCCCAUCUGGAGCGCCUCCGCAGGUGGGAGAGCCGCCACGCGAGGCGCCGCUUGGGAAGUUUCCAGCGCCCACGACGCCUCCGUUGCCCGGGACGCUGCGAGCGCAAAAGGAGGAGGAGGAGGAAGAGGAGGAAGGAAGGAAGGGAUGUCGGGGCGGAUCAGGUGACAGCGGCGGCGGGGCAGGAGCAGCACCUGGGCUCAGGCUGGUGGUUUGUUCCGAGGAGAAGGCGAGGCAUGGGGAAUCAAGUGGAGAAGCUGACCCACUUAAACUACAAGGAGGUUCCCACAACUGACCCGACAGGCAUGGACAAAGAUGAGGGACCCAGGAUUGGCGUCUCCUACAUAUUCUCCAAUGAUGACGACGACGUGGAGCCCCAACAGAAUGCAGUGGUUUCGGACAUCAGUGGAGAACAUCCCUCAUCACAGCCAUAUGACCCUCAGUUGCAUGAAGUAGAAUGUUCCAUCUAUUACCGCGAUGAGUGCAUUUAUCAGAAAAGCUUUUCGGUUGAGGAUGAGGCAGAUGGAGGCCGAGGCAGCCAUCUAACCACGUACACCCCAGAAAAUCUGUUGAACAAGUGCAAGCCUGGCGAUUUGGUGGAGUUCGUGUGCCAGUCCCAGUAUCCCCACUGGGUGGUCUAUGUAGGGGAUUUCCAGGUGGUCCAUCUGCAUAGGUUGGAAAUAGUGAACAGCUUUCUAACAGAUGCCAGCCAGGGCCGGAGGGGACGUAUUGCAAACCAACUGUACCAUUACAAACCUCUCAGUCCGGCCACUGUGGUGCGGAACGCCCUGGAUCAAGUGGGCUGCAAGGACCGGGAUCUCAGUUGGAGGAACUCUGAGUGUUUUGCUGCCUGGUGCCGUUAUGGCAAGCGCGAGUUCAAAAUUGGUGGCGAGCUGCGCAUAGGCAAGCAACCCUACCGGUUGCAGAUCCAAUUGGCAGAGAAACGCAGCCACACCCUGGAGUUUCAGAGCCUGGAGGAUCUUAUUAUGGAGAAGAGAAGGAACGACCAGAUAGGGAAGGCUGCUGUCAUCCAAGAACUGUCCAGCCACCUGCAGGCAACCGAGCCAGAACAGGACGGCGGCCAUAACAAUGAGCCAGGUGUUCGGACUGUGGCAGAAUAGCUGCGGUGGCGGCUCUUGCACAACUUAGCCUGGGUGAUGGGGAUUAAAACUGAAGGCAGCGAAAUUGAGCUGUUAUAAGCCCUUUGGGCUGCUUUGGUGCAGCUCCACUCCAAUCACAUGUGAAGGGAAGGGGGAAAGCUGAUUAAGUGUCAGUGCUUUAGCACUUAACCCCUUCCGUGCUCAGCAGAACCAGCAACGUUAAUUGUUGAGGGUUAAAACUCAGGGAGCUCUUCAUAACUCUCUGUUUAUGCAUAUGUUCUCCCCGCCCAGACCCUCUUCACCUCCCCCAACUACUUCUGCUGCAAAUUGGAUGAGUCCUAGCAGCUCUCAACUACAUAAUUAAAUUGCCUAGCUGGGAAGUUCCCCCUUCGCUGUUCUGUCCUCCCUCCUCCUUUUCUACUUUGCAUUGGCAUUUCUGGAAUCUAUUUACUUAAGUUUAUUGGCUGUGACCUCUAUGGGGACCUUCCAACUUGCGCCACCCCCCACUCCAAGGAUUUAAUGGCUAAAACACUGUUAACGUUUUGUAAUUGGGUUGGCCUGUUUACACUGGCUUCAAUGAGGGAUCUAAAAUCUUUUCACAGAAGAAAGGUUGCAAGCUAUUGGUGGGAACGAACUGCCACUUCUUGUUCAGUUGUGUUCACAAGAAGUGGUUUCAACUUUCCUUUAGGUGCCACUGUAAUAAUUGGUCCAGUUUCAUUUGAUUACUGUAAAGAUGGGUUGAACUAUAUCCACCAGCUUCACUAUACUUUGCAGGCAGAUUGGAAGUUAUUUGAGGUGGCAGGACUAGAGAGGUGAGGAAAAGAGUUGAGCCCACCUUGGCACCAUUGGUUAUAGCCAUGUCGAUUUAUUUCAAAUCCAAGUACUGCUUGGGCACAUCUUAGGUUGCUGCAAAAAGUGAGUUCAAUCUAAACCAGCUUAAUAGCUUUGUGUCUACAAAGAAUGCUAGAAAAUGACUACUCAUUUUGAGGAUCUUUUAGACUUUGUUUAGAACCAAUAUUUCUGGGGGACCCACCAAAGUGAAGUUGGUUUGUAGUGCAAAAAUAUCCUGAUUCAACUAAACUGAGGUUAUUGGUUAAUUUGAAAGGAAAAUGUUGAAUAGAGGAUUGAGAAUGCAAUUUGCGUGACUUUUGUAUGAAGCAGCUGUUUAAUUUAAAGUAGGGAAGUUCUGCCUUCACCUGUGACAAGUGGAUUCCCCUUGAAGCCUUUCUCCUUGUCAAGCGAUAUUGUUGGAGAAAGAAAGAGGGAGCAAUUGUUCUCCUUUUGGCAGUAGAUUUGAUUAGAAGCUGUUUGACUAGUCUUGUCAACAGCUCCCGGUUGUGGAAUGAGAGUGAUGCAAGGCUUCCUUCGUUGUGUUUAUUUGAGCAUGACUGCUGGUAGUACAAUUGGGUAGGCCCUAGUUCUGUGAAAAAACCUUUCAUUUCGUUGAGGCUUAGGUCUGAGCCAUGUGUGAUGGAUUGCUUUUUGGUUGUUGGUUGAGUUUCUCGUUCUAGUUUUCAGUGAAUAGAAAUGUCAGCGUGCCUGUCUCUCUCUGUAUGCGUGUGCUUCUCUUCACCUGAAUAGACUGUUGACUUUCCCACUCUGAAUAAUAGCUGAUUUUGUGUAUGAGCCUAGGGUUAGGAGAAAGUAGAGGAAAUUAGUAUUUGGAAGCAAGGUGUUCAGAGUAAUUAAGCAGAAUAUUAAAAAUAUCCUUAUUCAUCUUUGUUUUCACCAUCUUCUGUUGCCUGCAGUGUUGUUUACUUCACUGCUUGAUGCAGAAAAUGAGGUGCUUCUGUAUUGCAAGAUGCUUUUCAACUGUGAUUCUUGGUGCAAGUUGAAGCAAGUAGCUGUAGUCCCGGUACCAGGUGCUCUGAGGUAUUCCUGGGGGUGUCAACAGGUCUACUUCAGAGUAAAUUACUUAAGGACUGUGACUUGUCUGAAAUAGAAGUGAGUUCCAGCUAUUAUUCUGCUUGUUAUGAUUCUUAAGUGGAAUCUGUAGCGUAUGAAGAAUGGUUGGUUGUGAGAUGUCUCCCCUUGUCCUUAUUCAUCCAUUCUUUGGGUAGAUGGUCACAGUUCAGUUAUGAUUGCCUAGAUCAGUGGGUCUCAACCUGGGUUCCCCAGGUGUUUUGGCCUACAACUCCCAGAAAUUCCAGCCAGUUUACCAGCUGUUAGGAUUUCUGGGAGUUUAAGGCCAAAAACAUCUGGGGAACCCAGGUUGAGAACCACUGGCUGGAUUCAUUAACAUCAAAUAAUUUCCAGAGAAAAUAACAGUAACUUCAAACUUUUCUCAAAGUUGUGACUCCUUCCAAAUGGGUCCUUAAUCUACAAUCUGUGUGUAGAGGUGAAUGAAUUGUUAACUCUUGUGCAGGGCUGUUCGCCUUAAGAAUAGAUGUGGGGUGUCACAAGAUUCCUUCCCCACAAAGAAAAAACACCUCUCCUGUGCCUAGAAAAGUGUGUUCCAGAAAGAAAUGUAAAAAAGCCUAUAAUAAUGUCCUUCUGUGUACAGCAUUAGUACUGCAGAUACCCUUGGGGCACUCAGGCAUGUGACUUUGUUUUUCUCCUUCACCUGUUGCACCUGUAGCUUAGAAGUAACACAAUCCCGGAAAAACCUUGCUGCUUUGUUUUGCUGGCUUGUAAAGUCCAUGAACCUCAUAAUCAUCUAAUUGCUGAACUUUAGGGAAGAUCAGGCUUUACAUCAGGAACUUGGGUUUAGCCAUGUUUUACUCAUAUUCUUUUUAGAGAGGAGAUAGGCAUCAGUACAAAAGUUGCUGCUGGCGUUUCUGUUUUAAGACCAUCUCAUGGAAGGAACCAUGUGCUAGAAGACAUGGGAUGGGUUGAAAGCACCAGACAAAUAUGCAUUUUGCAUAAUGUGCUUCCAGAUAUAAUAAUCAUGAAGGAGGCAUGCACCACUGGGCCUUUCAAAAUGAAAUUUGAACAUGUCUAGGGUUCUCUCAGCACACUGACUCAGUACUACUGCCAGUGGCAUAUUUUGGCAUAGUUUCUUUAAAGUAAUAUGGAUUGCAAGCUGUGUGCUGUGUGCUUCACUCUGUGCUGUGUGAAGAAGAAAACUGUAGGUGAGCCUUUCUCCUAUGUAUAUCCCUUAGGAAUAGAUGGGAGCUUGUUGUGAACAGCAUUUCAGUAGUUUCCUAGGAUGUGCCCAAGCAGAAUGGAUGAAUCCAGAAAUCGGCGGAUGGCUUCUCUUGGUGGAAUAAUACGUUUCAGGAUGACCUAAUAAAAGAUAUAUGAUUCAGAGGUGAAAAUUCUGGGUGGCACAAACUUAUGUUGGAUCUUGUAUUUAGUUGCAAAGGCAAAAACUAAUUGGAGGGAGAUUUAAGGGGACAGAACACAGUGGUGGGAAUUUGCAUAUGUGUAUUCAAGAGUAUUCUUAAAGUCCCCUGGGGCUCUAAGGUGAAUGGUUUUUUCCAUGUCAUGCUGUAAUGAAGGAGGAAGAGAAAUCACCAGGCAGAAGAAUUAAGCUGCCAUGGACUCCUCUUCUUCAGGUGUCUAUCCUUUGUUCCUUUCUUUAUGGUAAAAGUAGCUUUGCAUUGUACUCUAGGAUCCUCUUGGGUUGAGUACUGUCAUGAAGCCAAGUAGUCAAGAGUGGUGGAUAGAGAGGAAACAUUGUAGACACGGCUGAAGUGAAACAAGUGGGGAAAUACCACUGUAUUUGGGACAGGAAAAUAAGGCUGCUGGUUGCUGUAUCAGUUGCCACUGCUGACUCCUCGUGUGAGCACAGAGAAAGCACCCAUGUUGUUGCAAUACAUGUGAUAUCUAGUGGAAUAUUUGAGGCAAGGAAUGCAUCUGGACUGCAUGCUUUUAGAGCAAGCUAAUACUACUUUUCAAGGGGUUUGCAGUCUCAACAGAUAGUUAGAAUUCACUGCUUUUGAAAUCUGUAGUGCUCUCCUUGAAUAAAUAUCAGCAUUAGAGCUCUCCAGCAGAGAAUUCUUAAUAAUGCACCAAUUUGAGCUCAUUCAUACCACACAAUUAUAGCAUUGUAUUCCUCUUCGGCUGCAUCCUAGGGAAUUCUUGAGCUUGUUGUUUAGUGGAGAUCUAAUGCUCUCUGGUGGAGAAUUUUAAAUACACUCCCUGGUACUACAAAUCCCAGUUAAAGGGGUAUAUAGAACUAUGAUUCUGUAGUGUCAAUGGCAUCCACAGUGUAAACGCCAGGAUUCUGUACUACAGCCAUGUUAGUUAAAAUGGUAUCGGACUGCUGAUACUCACAUUUGCCAGCAAAUUUUAAGUUCUGUGUUCAGAAUAAUUUCUAGAUGUUAUUAUUAAGAAAGGAGAAUUUUGACUGAAAUUCCUUCUUCCAUCCCAGCAUUGCUAUGAGAAAGGGAGGAAGCUUUACCUGCAUACAUUCUAUUUUGAGCUGCUUUUAAGGUGAAGGAACCUUCUUCCUGAAUCCAGCAGUUGUUUCUGGGCUCCAGAGUCAAUAUUUACUGAGUAAUGAUUCAUAUCCUGAAUUUUGUAUAGAACAAAGAUUUAUUUCGCUAUGUAACAGAUGGCUGUAAAAUGAUAUUUUCAUACGAGUAUUUUUGAAAGGAAGUCCAUCAUGAGAAUAUUUACAUGUUUUGAAAGUUGUAUUAUUUUUCACACAAAAAGUAUAGCCUCCAAAUCAAUUUUUAUUUUUGUCAUUGGUGAUCUAAAGGUAUUUUCUAGGUCAUAAAUCUAUUGUAAAAAAUACUGUAGAUGUCAAACAUUAUGAAAAUAUGUAUCUACAAGGUACUACAUUGUAAAUUAACCGUGAAAAAUGUUUUGCCGAUGUGUUUGGAACUUCGGUAAUGAUUUAUAGAAGAAGAAAAAAGAAUUUUCCCACUUUUUGGAGAAAAAAAACCCCCAUGAUCUGUUUUAUUGCUAAAAGCAAAUAUUUUAUCACAACUGUUAAGGGAAGACUAAAUUUCUUUAACUAAUACAUUUAUGAAGUAUAAAAGGUUUGAUACAAAUGUGCAGUCUGUCAACAAAAACAAAGCAAAAGCUACAAGUUAAUUUCAGGUGAACUGGGAUUUCUUUCAAUAGACUUUGAAAUGUUGCUGAUCAUGGAAAGGUCAUGAUCUUUCAAUAAAAGUUUCACGCUGUUGUAUAUGGUCACAUAAUACUGGGUAGGUCGAAAGAACCUAACGCCAUUCUUUUAUGUAAGAAAUGUGAGCAUAAGAAACAAAAUAUUAUUUUCAUGGUAUUAUACAUGGUUCUCCAAAAAACUUUCAUCAGGGCUAGGGCCAUAGUACCAAAACAUUAUAGAACAGGCAUAGGCAAACUUCGCCCCUCCAGGUGUUUUGGACUUCAACUCCCACAAUUUCUACUGGCUGCUAGGAAUUGUGGGUGUUGAAGUCCAAAACACCUGGAGGGCUGAAGAUUGUCCAUGUCUGUUAUAGACUAUGGCAUAAUGCAGUUGUGUGUACAUUGAAAACAGUGAUUCUUAACCUGUGUUUUGGCCUUCAACUCUCAGAGAUCUGAUAAACUGGCUGGGAUUUCUGGGAGUUGUAGGCCAAAACACCUGGGGACCCACAGGUUGAGACCCACAGAUUAAUAAUAUCAGUUUGCCUCCCCCUUGUAUAUUGCAAUAGUACAGGACCUAUAAUAGCUUCAUUUGUGUAGUUACUACUUAUAUUAAAAGAAGUCUUGCUUAGCUUGGGUGAAAUCCAAAUAAAUAUACAUGGCAGAGGGGUUCAAAUGUUUUUAUUUCUUCUUCCAGUCCACCCAUGCUUAGGAUGUCAUAGUUCGGAUACAGGGAAGAUUUGACCCACAAAAUAGUUUGGACUAUACAUCUCACCUGGCUGUGGCUAAUGAUUUAGUAAGCACACAACUCGGAUCUCCCAUUUCCUGCCUUACUUUAGGUUUCACAUGUCCUUUAAUCCAAGCUGUUCUGGUCAUACCGAUAAGGUUUUUCUGGAGUAAGGUUCUAAAUGCUUGAGUCUUUGAGCUCAUCCCUUCCUUGUCCAAUCUCUUGUCUCUGAUUAGCCCUAAUGGCAUCACUCUUAAGUAGUUGGGGAUUUUCCGUUUUGAUGUAGUCUAAGCAAAACCAGUUUUUAAAGGUCACAGCUUUAAAAAAUGAAUGAGAGUCCCUAGCUUAAAAAUGCUUUCUGCUAGAGCGGGUGAGUAGGCCAAAUGAAAAAUGAGAUUGGUUGUGCACCCACUUCUGAAACAAGUCAUGCUUUGUAUUUGACUCAGGUUUUUGGUGACAAUAUGAGGAAACAGGAAAGCAGAAAUACCACCACCACCACCCAGUGCAGAAAUGUUAGACAAAUGUCUACCUUUUCUAUGCUAUGUGUGCCGGGGAAUGUUCAAACAUGAAAUUGUAUAUGUCUAUUCUUAUUAGGUAUAUUCCACUUUAGACAAGAUCUGAGUGACAUCAAUAUUUUGCCCAGACUUUUAAAAUUAAUGUAAUGCAGAAGAAAUUGUGUUGAAAGUUUGAAGGUCAACAAGUUGAUACAAUUCUUACAUAUUUUUGUGUAGCUUGUUCAGUGCCUUUCCCAGCUAUUAUGAAAGAUAGGAAAGCAAUUGGUGGUGCUCUUUACCCACCGCUGGCAUGGAGAUUGUACGCAGUGAGGAAUGCAGCAUGGAAGGCAAAGAGACCUUACUCCAAAGAAAAACGCUGUGUUCAAAACUCCACGCACUAUGAACAUACGGCCUGUAGGAAGUGUGACUAACAUAUAAGUCAGCGAUGGCUCAGAGUUCGCAGCUUGAGGCCCCCCAUCUGCUCUGAGGGGGUUGGCUUUGUGGAGGUUCGGCUGCAAUAUGGCUAGCGGCUUUCUUGGAGCCCACAGCCUGGAGUCAUCACUGCUUGGCCAGACUUGGGGAGAGAAAACAAAAUCUCAACCUGUUUUUCAAACAUGGAGUUGACAUUCCCAGUUAGGAGCUUGCUUCAACAAGGAUGCUGUAAUGAAAACCUCAAAGUGACAAAAAUUUGACUGCCUAAAUGUGACAGGGAAAGUAAUACAGUAGGGUCCCCACAUUUGAAGUUUUCAUUUCUGAAGACUUAGUAUAUUCUGGGUCUCACUGGACUACAAAUGCCAGAAUUCUGCAGGAGGCAGCCACAGCAUUUAAGCUGGGAUGCAUACUCUUUGCUUACUGGGUGAUUGUGUGUUUUCCAGGCGCGGAAAACACAACAACCCUGUGAUUCCGGCCAUGAAAGCCUUUGACAACUCUUUGCCUACUCUUUAAGCUCUGUGUGAUAGAUCACUUUUUGAGCAUUUGUAAUUCAUCAGCAUGGUCCUAUGGUCAGCUUCUGGCAGAGGUUGUCCAAAGAGUUUCAUUGGGAGGGCUUACAGGUUCUUAGAAAGGUGUCCUUUCAUGUAAAAAAAAUUAAUAUACAGAUUUUCUAUUUCACUGGGGUCCUGCACUCCUAACCACAGUGAACGUGGACAGCUGACCACUUCUUUACCUGUUUUUCCCCAAAACUUAGACAAGAACAUCUGCCUACCCUAAGAGGGAACAGAUGGUGAUUCCGUUGAAAUCAGUCAAUGAUAUUGGUGGUGAAUGCAUAUAACAGUGCUUUGUGUUGACAAAUCAUGACCUUUACAAUACAGUUAUGAAUAUGAAGUCUCCUAACUGUAAACAGAUAAUGGGUUUCGUUUUUAAGUGUUACAGAUUUGGCUCUUUGAGAAAAACUAAAACUCUUUCCCUCCCUCCAAACACAAAAGUGUUUCCUAGAGUGAUGGCGGGUUGCUUAUCUAUUGCAUUGUUACCUGUAUUAUUGAACAAUUAACUGUAAUGAUAUCUAACAAGAAGAACUGUGUAGGAACAGAUACUCCUGAAAGGAAAAUUAUGUUUUAAAGUACAGACAAUGUAGAACUCAGUAAAUCCAAGUAGAAAGGAUUGGUGUGGAUUACAUAGAGAGCUGUCUCGUUUUUCUAAUUUUCUCUCUCUGCAGUUCAUUGCUUGGUGUCCGCUCUAUCACUUUCCUAAAUCUGAGCUGGAGGUCUAACAAGAUUUCAGUGAAUGAAUAUGCUUUUUAAUGCACAGCUGCUGCUUUGUGAAAUGCAGAUCAGGAGGAUUUCUUCACACUUGAUAUUUCUAACCAUUCCAUGUUUUGUUUUUCCCUUAUUUAAACACAGCAAGAAACAACAAUGUUCUCUAAAAUGUAUUAUAGCAAUAGUUAUUUUUUAAAAAAUAUCUCCAUGAGCUAUGUAUUUUAUGAAUCAGUGUUUCCCAAACUUUUGAUCUAUUGGGACUGAUUUGUUUGUUGUUGUUUUUCAAUUUAAAGUUGGAGGGGUGUGUCAGGUGAAAAAGGAACACAUUUCCCAGUGAUCUCCCAGAAAAACUUUUAGUACUGGAAAAUUUAAUGUUCUCUCCCAGUAACUUUUUCUCCAGUCUUUGGCCUUUCUGGGCUCAAAGACAAGAGUGUCUUUCUAGGCAUUGUGAGUGCUUCUAGAAUUCCCCUGCACUUACAGAGAGCAGCAUGAGCUGAAUUCAUGAGUUUUGGUGCCACUUUCCCUUCCUUUUUUUGGAACAAUGUUGUCUAAAUGGUGGCGGAGAGUCUAGGUCCAGUUCUAGGUAUGGACCUUUAGGAGCCAAUCCAUCUACAUUGAUCACUGUGGAUACGUCCAGGUUUUUUUUGGUUUUUUUUUUGUCCAUCAUCCCGCUGCACAAAGUUUGGGAUUCACUGUUCUAAGCUGUCUUUCCUAUGUGAGUAUCACAAAUGGUUUGCUCAAAUGUCAGUUCUUUCCAUGGGGAGAAAGCAAAGAAUCCUGAUUGUACUACUUUCCUUCAAAAUGAAGGGUAUUGCUUAGUUAUUACAGAGAAAUAAAAGAUUUAUAAUAUCUUUUA